ACUAACCCUAGUUUAGUUUAAUUCACCAGCGCUGGUUGUUUUCUUGUCUUCUCUUUCAAUUGCUUCCAACCCGACGCUCGAAUACCAUCGCCAGGGUUUCGAUCGAUGAAUCCCACAGCUGAAAGCCUAAUCUGCGGAUUGAUCGGAGAAAUUGCGGAAACCGAAGAGAAGAGAUCCUUCACUUCGUUUCCAAUCUAUUCCUCACUUUCGUAAUUGUUUCCCUUAUACUGGCAUUCUGAUCGCUCGCCCGGAGCGGUGACGAAGUGGACUGACUGUAAUCCCCCCUCCUGGAAAUAAGAAUUUCGUAUAACGGAUAUUAUUUGGAUAAUUUUGGAGUUUUAUCGUGCUAGAAUUAGUAGAUCUGGUCUCGGAUUUUGGUCUGCUGGCUUCAGGAAGCGGAGAUUUAGAGAUUUUGAUUCAUUUGAUGAUAGGAUUAUGCAAAGGAUCAGGGAGAUGAGCGGGUCUACCUUUGGCAGGGAGGGACGAUGACUGCAGCGUCAUUGGGCUUUCGGUCGGGAAGUAACGGAUCAUUGCAUCAACAGCUACAGAAUGGUGCUUUUUCGGCAACUCAACCGAUCUCGCUUCGAAGGGCUUCAAGAUCCGUAUCCGGAAGGAUUUACAAAUUUGUGGGGAGGAGGAGGAAGGUCGGAAUUCUACUGAUGCUCAUGAUUUCAGUUACAGUACUAUCGUUUGUUUCGGUUAUUAGUAGAGAUGAAGAUUCAUUGGUAGGUUCUACUACCACACUUGCGUAUUCAGAAAAUCUUUCAAUGAAAAGCUUCAAGUCCCCAUUUAUUGUUCCACAUGAAGAGUCUUCAGUUAGACAGAAUAUAAGUCUUAUUUCUCUUCCCUCUCGUCGCACGACACCACAUCCUUGUGAAAGAUUCCCUGUUUCUUCUCCACCAAUGGAUAAGAGGCACACUGGCCCACGUCCGUGUCCUGUAUGUUACAUCCCUGUAGAGCAGGCUUUGCUUUGCAUGCCUUAUUCAGCAUUUCCAUCACCAGUUCUUAAGAAUUUACAUUAUUUUUCAGAAGAUAAUUUAAUUUCUUAUCAGCCAAAAGGGGGUUCUAACUUUGGUGGACUUCCAUCUUUACAGCAUAGAAAUGAAUCUUUCACUAUAAGAGAAUCAAUGACUGUGCACUGUGGAUUUGCAAAUGGAAGGAAACCUGGUCAAGGAACUGGAUUUGAUAUCGAUGAUGAUAUCCUUCUGGAAAUGGAAGAAUGUCAUGAUGUUGUUGUAGCCUCUGCUAUAUUUGGAAAUUAUGAUUUAAUGCAACAACCCAAGAACAUUAGUGAAUAUACAAAGAAGAAUGCGUGCUUUUACAUGUUUGUUGAUGAAAAAACUGAAGCCUAUAUGAGAAAUUCUAGUGGACUAGAUGAUUCUGGAAAAGUAGGUCUGUGGAGAGUGGUGAUGGUUCAAAAUCUUCCAUAUGAGGAUUCAAGACGCAAUGGGAAGAUUCCUAAACUUUUACUCCAUAGACUUUUCCCAAAUGCUCGGUUUUCUAUUUGGAUUGAUGGAAAACUUCAGCUCGUUGUGGAUCCCUAUCAAAUUCUUGAGAGAUUCUUGUGGAGGAGAAACCACACUUUUGCAAUAUCUAGGCACUACAGUCGCUUUGAUGUAUUUGAGGAAGCAGAGGCUAAUAAAGCUGCUGGAAAAUAUGACAAUGCCUCCAUAGAUCAUCAAAUUGAAUUUUACAAGAAAGAGGGAUUGACACCUUAUUCUUUAUCUAAGCUUCCAAUUACAAGUGAUGUACCGGAGGGAUGUGUGAUCAUCAGAGAGCACAUGCCAAUCACUAAUUUAUUCACCUGUCUGUGGUUCAAUGAAGUCGAUCGUUUUACAUCCAGGGACCAAAUCAGUUUCAGCACUGUGAGGGAUAGGAUUAUGUCUCAAGUUGAUUGGACAAUUAACAUGUUUAUGGAUUGCGAAAGGCGCAACUUUGUUGUUCAGGCAUACCACAGGGACCUGUUGGAGCAGCGGAAGGCGCUUGCGGCGAUGCGCCACCCACCUCCUGCUGCCGCCGUGACAACACAGGACAAAAUCGCGAAAGUACCGCCGUUGAAGAAACUGUCUGGGAAAACGCCCUCGAGGCGUGGUAGGGACAAGAGAUCCGGUUCCCGACGCCGGCAUCCAAGAGUCAUCACUGGAAGAUUAUGACAAAUUUUGUUUCAGUUUAUUCUUUCUUAUUCUUUUGCAAUGUUCUUAAAAGUUAGUUAGCACUAAUUAUUUUCGAGUGCAAAUUGCAAAAGAUCUAUUAAUUUCGUGAGGGAAUAUUGAUAAUAUAAUACUUGUACAUAACAAAUUUAUGAAUUAAUGCCAUUAUGAAAAUUGAUUAU